GUCACGAGAGAUGUUUCUACAUGAAUCAUGACGAUGCAUGUUUAAUAUUAGAUAUGAUAUGAUCAGCAAAGUUUAAGUAAAGUCAAGUCACAUUUAUUUCGAAUAAGAAUGAUAGCAAGUGACAGUGAGACAUAAUCCAAAAGUAUCGAUCAUGUCCGGAACCAUGUUGAAAAUUUUAGAGAAAGUGGCAAAUACCAAAGGUUUUGAUCGAUGUAUGAAAAGUGUACAAUUAAUCUCAGCCAGCAAUGGAAAAUGCAAAGCACAAUUUACAGUGGCUGAAGAGCACUUAAAUCCUGGUGGUUUUUUACACGGUGGAUUUACGAGUACUGUUAUAGAUUGUAUAUCAUCCUAUGCUCUGAUGACUAAUGGAAAUGGUUAUCCUCCUGGAUCUUCUGUAGACCUGCACGUGACGUUUUUGAAGUCUGCGUUUCCUGGUGAAACAGUGGUGGUUGAUGCUAAAACUAUACGUGCUGGUAAAACCUUAGCCUUCCUUGCGGUGGAACUUACGAAAAAUGAUGGUAAAGAAGUCGUCGCUCGUGGGCAACACACAAAGUACAUAUUGAUGAAAAAAUAGAAUUAUUAAUUAUUAGCUUUGAUUUAUAAAUGUUAUUAUAUAUACAGAAUAUAUUACGAUGUUCACGUAUCCUAAUCUAACAAAUUGUUUCAUUGUGUUAUUACAAAAAUUCUUUAAGCUUUGUUGCAAUGUAUACGUAUAAUAAUAGCAGCAUUGCUCUAAGAGAAAUAAUGGCUAACGUUUACAAUAUUGCUUGCAAGUAUUUUUAUUU